AUGUCGUUUAAGAAUGCGUACUUUAUUCUAGUGAGUAUAUGCAUUGCCUCUUCCGUUAAUGCUCAGUUACCGCAGUUUCCUUUUCCGCUUCCAUUUCAACCAAGUCCUGGUACACCAGGAUUUCCCUUUCCAUUUCCAUUUCCGUUUCCAUUUCCAUUUCAACCAAGUCCCGGUGGUAUGCCAGGAAUUCCUGAUAUGAGAAAAUGUUGGUCAACAUUUAUGGAUAUGCCUGGAUGCUUUGCAGAGAUCAGACAAUCUAUUAUCACUGGAAAAUUUGGUAGUAUAGGUCCAGCUUGUUGUAAAGCUUUUUUAGAUGCUGAAGCCAACUGCACACACAAUCUUCCAUUCAACCCAUUUUUCCCUCCUAUGGUAAAGGAACAAUGCUCCCGAGCAGCUGAUCCUCCAACGACAUUGUAG